AUGGAAAUGCAAAGUGUGAUGCUCUUUUUGGUAUUCUUAUGGGCUCAAGUUUAUCUCAUAUCUUCAUUUACUGAUCCUCAAGAUGUUUCUGCACUUAGAUCUCUGAAGGAUAUAUGGAAGAAUACACCACCAAGCUGGGACAAAUCAGAUGACCCUUGUGGAGCACCAUGGGAAGGAGUGACCUGCAACAAAUCAAGGGUUACUUCAUUGGGACUGUCAACCAUGGGACUGAAGGGUACAUUAAGUGGAGAUAUUGGUGGACUCACAGAACUAAGAUCCUUGGACUUAUCCUUUAAUAAAGGUUUAAUGGGUUCUAUCUCUUCAGAAUUGGGAAACUUAAAAAACCUAAAUAUUCUGAUUUUGGCUGGUUGCAGUUUCAGUGGCAAAAUUCCAGAUGCAUUAGGGAAUCUUUCAGAGUUAUCUUUCUUGGCUUUAAAUUCAAACAACUUUACUGGAAAAAUACCUUCAUCAUUAGGUAAACUCUCCAAACUUUAUUGGCUGGACUUGGCAGACAACCAGCUAACAGGACCUCUCCCGGUUUCAACCUCGACAUCCCCGGGCUUAGACCAACUUUUACAUGCUAAGCACUUCCAUUUCAACAAGAACCAGCUUUCUGGUUCCAUUUCUCCCAAACUUUUCCACUCUGACAUGGUACUCAUUCACAUAUUGUUAGAUGGAAAUAAUUUAAUCGGGAGUAUACCUUCUACUAUAGGGCUAGUUCAUACAGUUGAGGUUCUUCGGCUCGAUAGAAAUUUCUUGACAGGAGAAGUCCCUUCGAAUCUCAACAAACUUAGUAACAUCAAUGAAUUGAAUUUAGCACACAACAAAUUGUCAGGUCCUUUGCCCGACUUAACAUCAAUGGAUACCCUAAAUUAUGUGGAUCUUAGUAACAAUUCCUUUGAUCCAUCAGAAGCUCCAACUUGGUUCUCAUCUCUACCACAACUCACCACACUUAUUAUGGAGUUUGGACCUCUCGAAGGUACUCUUCCAUCAGAACUCUUCAGCCUUCCUCAAAUACAACAAAUAAAACUAAGACACAAUGCAUUGAACAAUACACUUGAAAUGGGAGACAACAUUUGUCCUCAACUGCAGCUUGUGGAUUUACAAGACAACCAGAUUGCAUCCGUAACAGUCGGUUCACAGUACAAAAACACAUUGAUUCUCAUAGGAAAUCCAGUAUGCAGUACUGGUCCCCUCUCUAAUACAAACGACUGCAACCUCCAGCAACAGCCCAAACAACCCUACUCAACUAGCUUGGCUAACUGCGGAGGAAGAUCAUGUCCACCGGAUCAAAAACUCAGUCCACAAAGUUGUGAAUGUGCAUAUCCGUAUCAAGGAACGUUUUAUUUUAGGGGGCCUUCUUUUAGAGAACUCACAAAUAUAACUAUUUUCCAUUCACUUGAAAUGAGCUUAUGGGUGAAAUUGAGUUUAACACCUGGUUCAGUUUCAUUACAAAACCCUUUUUUCAACGGUGAUGAUUAUCUUCAAAUGCAACUCGCACUCUUUCCACCAACAGGACAAUAUUUCAAUAGGUCAGAAGUUCAAAGAAUUGGAUUUUCAUUCAGUAAUCAAACGUACAAGCCUCCGCAUGAAUUUGGACCCUAUUACUUCAUUGCAUUUCCUUAUUCUUUUCCAGAUUCGCGCAGAGGAACUUCACUUAGCAGAGGUGCUAUUAUGCUGAUAGCAAGUGGAAGUACAUUUCUGAUCCUGUGCCUUAUAGGGCUAGCUAUAUAUGCAAUCCUGCAAAAGAAACGCGCGGAGAACGCUAUUGGAAUAAGUAGACCGUUUGCAUCUUGGGCACCAAGUGGAAAGGAUAGUGGAGGUGCACCACAAUUGAAGGGAGCAAGAUGGUUCUCUUACGAUGAACUCAAAAAGUGUACCGAUAAUUUCUCAGGAAGCAAUGAGUUAGGCUUUGGUGGCUAUGGCAAGGUGUACAAAGGGGUGUUCCCUGAUGGAAAAAUAGUUGCAAUUAAAAGAGCUCAGCAAGGAUCGAUGCAAGGAGGUCUAGAGUUCAAGAAUGAAAUCGAGUUGCUUUCAAGAGUUCAUCACAAGAAUCUUGUUAGCCUUGUUGGAUUCUGCUUUGAGCAAGGAGAACAGAUGUUGGUUUAUGAAUUCAUCUACAAUGGAUCACUUCGGGAGGGUUUGUCGGGGAAAUCUGGUAUUCAACUUGAUUGGAAGAGGAGACUCCGUAUUGCUCUCGGCUCAGCUAGAGGACUUACAUACUUACACGAACUUGCCAAUCCUCCCAUAAUUCACAGAGAUGUGAAGUCAACCAAUAUCUUGCUAGAUGAAAAUUUGACUGCAAAGGUUGCGGAUUUUGGCCUGUCUAAACUCGUAUCAGACAGUGACAAAAGCCAUGUCUCAACUCAGGUUAAAGGAACAUUGGGCUAUCUAGAUCCUGAAUAUUACAUGACUCAACAACUAACCGAAAAGAGUGACGUAUACAGUUUCGGUGUAGUUAUGCUUGAACUGAUAACAUCCAAGCAACCUCUCGAAAAGGGUAAGUACAUCGUUCGCGAGGUUCGAACCUUAAUGAAUAAUAGAGAUGAAGAGUACCAUGGUUUAAUCGAAGUAAUGGAUCCAUUGGUGAGAAACACUGCCAACCAGACAGGAUUUGGCAGGUUCUUAGAGUUGGCAAUGCAAUGCGUCGAGGAAUCAGCUUCAGACCGACCAACAAUGAGUGAAGUUGUGAAAGCGUUAGAAACCAUAUUACAGAAUGAUGGUUUGAACACAAAUUCUACUUCUGCUUCUUCAUCUGCUACUGAUUUUGGAGUGACUAAGGGUGCUGCAAAGAGACAUCCUUACAUUGAUAAUAGUUUUACCAAGAAGGAUAGUGUUGAUGAGAGUAAUGCCUUUGAUUAUAGUGGAGGGUACACACUUUCAACCAAAGUGGAGCCUAAAUAG